UAGAAGGAAGGCAGGUGUCCAUAUGAAGGCAGAUGAGAGUCGAAGUGCAUUCUUCAGGACGUGCGUAAUACAAGUUCCUCGUGGCACCCUUGUAACGUAAGGACGCUGGACUAAUAGAACGCCCUUCUUUAUUAAAAUAGAAUUAACAUGUUAAUAACGUCUGCCUAAACUGAUAGUGUGUUUCAACCUGUGGCUUACGUACCAUGGAUGAUGCAUAUUAAACCAAUAAGAACGAGUUCCUGAAAUAAACCGAACCGUUCGGUUAUUCAUCUGUAACUAAUGAUCGACGAAGUGAAAACUGGGAUCCCAAGAGGCGAUGAAACGUCAGAACGUUAGAACCCUGUCCCUGGUGGUCUGUACUUUCACGUACCUUCUGAUAGGGGCGGCGGUUUUUGACUCACUGGAGUCGGACACCGAAAGGAAACGAUGCGAGUUCCUGACAGAGAUGAAAGAAAACUUGCUGAAGAAGUACAACAUCUCACAUGAAGACUACAGAAUGAUUGAAAUUGUCAUAAUUGAAAAUAAGCCACACAAAGCAGGUCCGCAGUGGAAGUUCGCAGGGGCCUUCUACUUCGCAACAGUGGUUCUAGCCAUGAUAGGAUAUGGGCAUUCGACGCCCGUUACGAUAGGAGGAAAGGCUUUCUGCAUGGCGUACGCGAUGGUCGGAAUUCCCCUAGGACUUGUUAUGUUUCAAAGCAUCGGAGAGCGUCUCAAUAAGUUUGCAUCGGUUCUGAUCUGUCGUGCUAAGCGUUACCUGCGCUGUAAACGCACAGAGGCCACAGAGAUGAAUCUCAUGCUUGCUACAGGAAUGCUGUCUUCUGUAAUCAUCACUACUGGAGCAGCCGUGUUCUCCAAAUAUGAAGGAUGGAGCUACUUCGACAGCUUUUACUACUGUUUCGUCACACUUACCACCAUCGGUUUCGGUGAUUAUGUAGCCCUCCAGAAUGAUCAGGCACUAAUAAACAAGCCAGGUUACGUGGCACUCAGUCUUGUGUUCAUCCUCUUUGGACUGGCAGUCGUUGCUGCCAGUAUCAAUUUGCUGGUUCUACGCUUCAUGACCAUGCACUCUGAGGAUGUUCGUCGGGAGGACAACGAACUGCAGUCCGCCUCACAUCAUGUCCUUACCCUGGAUGGAGAGGUGAUGUCUGUUAAUGGGAAACUAUUGGCAGGUCACGUGCUGUUGGACUGUAAUGACCAGGCUGAUCAAGUUUCCGUGUGUUCGUGCACCUGUCUCGGACCAGCAAGGUGCCGUAACCAUCUGCUACAACUUGAACCUGUCUACCAGCCAUCUGCAGACAGCAUUAAAGCCAAAAGAGCUUCUGUCUAGAGACAAAUCUCUCUUGGAGCACAGACACUUUUGAUGCUGUGAGAUGACUGUACCAUCAUCUCACAGCAUAAGUAGAAAUGUCACCUGUGUGACUAGUCUCUAAGUCACUUUUUCUUAUUUACAUGAACGAGAUGUUGCCGAUGCUUCGCUCUGUCACAGUGGCAGGUAUUUUUCGGGGAAAAUAUUUUUUCUAAAUAGCUACUUAAAUUAUAUUAAUGAUCGUACGACACAUCUGGAGUUUUGGACAGAAAUUUGUUUUAACAAAAUACAUUAUUUGGGCGCAGAAUUAUGUUUCGCACUCUAGAUUUAAUUAUUCGUCGAGUGGAGUUUGUCACCGUGAAGAUCUGUCAUUUGGUCUGGAAAUUGUUUGGGUAAUCAAGUAUGACUAAACUCUCUAGAAACGAGGUUAAAUUUUAUAAAAAUUCCUCAUCAAUAUCAGCUUUUCUAACACAUACCUGAUUUUCUAAAUCAGUGUUCUCAGCAUUUUAAUAUUUACAAACCUACAGAAAUAAAAAUUUUGUCAGCUCGUAAAUACCUUUUCAAUUCAACUGUAAGCAGUAGAAUCACAUGGAGAUUUUUGUUAUAUUUUCUUUUUUGUUUUCAUUUUGGCAUUUUGAAGCAGGAACAGGCAAUAUUGAUUUAUGGUUAUAUAUGUAUCAAUAUUUUGAUACUGGCGUACCACCUAUACAAUCUGAUACAACCAAAAUGACCAAGGGGCUUGUGCAAGCCCCCUGCAGCACACCCCUAGUGUGUAUAAUUCAAGGGCUAAAAUAAAAAGCCAUAACUUCUUAGACGACUUCCAGCUGUUUCGAUGUCAUGUCGUAAACAGUUCGAAGCCAGUGUUUAAUUUCAUCUCAGAUCAGAGAUUUUCUGUAGAUGUACGACAAACCGACCGCCACGGUGGUCUAGCGGUUAGAACGCUGGCCUUGUAAUCGUGGGGUCUGGGGUUCGAUUCCCGGCGGU